AUUCUAAAACAUAUUGAAUAAUAUGAAGCAGAUUUAGUGUCAUGCGUUUUAUAAUUUAAUUAUAUUUUUAACUAUGUUAUAUAGGUUUGAAGAUAUGUAGUAACUACUUAGUAUGUUGUUACGUACAUUCACAUAUAAAACUAAAAAAUCAAAACUUUAAAGAGUAAAAUUGAAUGUAGGAAAGACAUUCAUAAUGUCAGUUAAAAGUUCAAAACCGGAGAAAAAGAAACCCAGAGCGAUGCCAGUCGAGACAAUAGUAACGCGCUUUAAAUCAGCGCAACAGAAACAACUAGCAAACCAAUCGAAAACAACAAAAGAACAGAAAAACACGAAAUCAAAAAAUGUACAAUUGAUAAAAAGUCCAGAACGUAAAUCUGUACGACAGAAGAAAGUGCGUCAGAAAAUAACUAAAACACCGGAAAAGCCUAUCGUUAUUAAGGACAAAGUUGAAGAAAUCAAAGUUGAGAGUAAGGAGUACUAUCCAAAUAAAUUAAAGAGAAAAUUUUUAAAUGCUAAAAAGUUUCUCGCUCCGAAGCACAGUUUCAAAGUCAUCUGCGGAAUGAAUAGUCUGAAUAAACGGAAACUACACAUACCACAAAGAGAUGCGGAAUACAUGAAAGAGGAAAUGAAACACCCUUGUCAAGAUACAAACAAAUUAAAAGAGAAACAGCCAGAAAUAAGUAUUGUUGAUAUGGUCAGGAUUAUUGAAGAAAAUGAUAGUCUAGAUGAUGAAGAUCUCCUUGAAAUUCUAACGUGCCCAAGUCCUGUGUGGUGGGAGGAAACACCUGAUGGUUAUUUCGAAGAACCAUUAUUUUCUCACCCUCAAAUCUUAGACAAACAAUUAAACAAAAUUGAUGAGCAAACAGAUAAAGAAGAAAUGAACAAAAUUAAUAUCAAAAAAGAGCAAAUACAUAAAAAAGAAUCAAAUAACAACACGGAUAUAAUAAAAAUUGAAUCAAUAAAUGUAAAUAUUAAUAAUAAAGACAAAAGCUUUAUAAAUAAACGUUGUAAACUAGAAGCUUUACUUGGUAAUAUAAAAAAUAAAACGAGACCGAUUAUAAAUGAAGAAACAUACAGUAACGUAACAGAAGAUAAGGUCAGACAUAUAAAUAAGAAAAGAAAAGUUGACAAGGAGAAAAGUAGAGAAAAAUCGAAUUCGGAAAGUAUUGAAGAAGAAUAUCUCGAAUUCCAUGAUGAUGAAAUUUUAAAACAAUUAGAAAAUAUAAACAUACCAACGGAAUUGACUGAAAGAAGAGAAGAAUUGGUCAAUCAUAAUCAAGAGUCAAUAACAAUAAAAAAAGAGUCAAAGUCGAGAAGAGAAUCGUGUAGUAUUGAUGAUAUGACGGAAGAAUAUCUAGACCUGAGCUUACUCGAUGAUGAAGUCAACAGUGAUGAACUGAUAGAAAAUUCAUCAUCGAUUAAUAAAAAUAACUCAAAAGACAAUGAGUUGGUAACUGUCUACAAAAUACUGAAUUCAGAUGAAAAUACAGACAGAAAAGUUAGUAAAAUAAAUUCUUAUUAUAAGUGCAAGAAAAAUAAGACGAAAGUUUCAAAAAGCAAAGAUACAAACAAUCAACUUUCAAAAGAUAAUUUGACUGAUUCUGAAAAUAGAUCAAUAAUUAUAUCAGAGUCUGAAAAAGUCAAGUACUGCUUAGUCUGUUCCUCUAUCUUCAAUACUGAUAAUUGUAAUUAUUGUUUAGGAAAAAAUUUAAAACGUAAAACGAGCUAAUUUUUCUCAAUCCAGUUUAGAUUUUUAAGUUAAAAAAAAAAAAAAAAAACUUCGCUUGUAUACCUCAUAACGUGUGCUUAUAUAGCCUGGUGUGAUAUACCUAUAGGUUUCUCUAGACAAUUGUAGCAAUUGUUCUGCCUAUUUUUAGCUAUAAUGUGUUGUUGAUAGUCCAGAUGUUCAUACUGGUUUUGUCCACAUUUAUAUUUAUGUCAUCUAUUCAUUAUAGAUCAUGAUGUGAUUUUAUAUAGCAUAUGUUACAUCUGGAUAGUGUAAUCUAUAUAUUUACUGUAAUACAUAAUAAACACAAUCAGUUGU